CCCGUUCUCUACAGCUUGCCUGACUAAGCCUGGUCCCAGGCCCCCAUGAUGGUGGGUAGGUGGGGGGUGUAUGUACAACAGCUGUUUGGUGGUGACGUCCACGCUUUUGAUGUUUGACCUAACUGGGGCAUUAGAACUUCGAAGGCAACAACUUGAAGCUUAUCUCCAGAGAAAAGGGAAAUUGAAGGUUCCAGGUCUGACUGACAGGUAUUAUUUAGGGGACAAAAACAAUCUGAAAAUACAACCAAGAACUGCUCCAUUCAAAGUUGGGUUGGGAAACGCCCAGAAGCAUGAUGCUCAUACAAAACAAUGUGAACUCCAAAGCACGAACAACCCAUCACGUACUAAUCAUGUCAAAUCAAUCGCUGCUAGGAAUCAAGUUCAACACUGCUCAAGAACCGCUGAAAAAAAUCCCGCCCUCACUCAAACAGUUUCUAUGUUUCCCCAAGUUACGACUGCAUUAUUCCCAAUGGAGUCAAAUGCAGAAAGGGAAAUUAUUGUUGAUGAAUCAGCUCAAGAAAGACAAUGUUUAGGAAACUUAAAACCUGAAAAUUCAACACAUUAUGAAUUUAUUCAUAAUUCAAGCAAUCAAGAAAAGGAAAAUAAAUGUACAGUAGGUACAGCACAAACUGCUGGACAAUCUACCAGUACAGUUUUAAUGAAUCAGUUGACACAACAGGUGAAUGAAACUCAAAUCAGCAGAUUAAAGGGGACUCCUUCAGAUAAUCACUCGUGGGCCAUUGGUAUCGACAAUAUAGACAGGGUGGUCCCUGCUGUGUUGAGGCCAGUGGGCAAGUCUGGAGUAGCCCCCACUCAGGCCAGGCCAGUAAGCAGCUCAAGAGUGGCCCCCGUUCAGGCCAGGCCGGUGGGCAGGUCCAGAGCGGCCCCCGCUCAGGCCAGGCCAGUGGGCAGGUCCAGGGCCCCCCCUGCUGCAGCCAGGCCAGUGGGCAAGUGUGGAGCGGCCCCUGCUCAGGCUAGGCCAGUGGGCAGGUCCAGGGCGCCCCCUGCUGCAGCCAGGUUGGUGGGCAGCUCCAGAGCGGCCCCUGCUCAGGCCAGGCCAGUAAGCAGCUCCAGAGCGGCCCCCGCUCAGGCCAGGCCAGUGAUCAGCUCCAGAGCGGCCCCUGCUCAGGCCAGGCCAGUGAGCAGCUCCAGAGCGGCCCCUGCUCAGGCCAGGCCAGUGAGCAGCUCCAGAGCGGCCCCCGCUCAGGCCAGGCCAGUGGGCAGGUCCAGGGCGGCCCCUGCGGUGGCACGGUCUGGUGCAGUCCCCAGUGCACCCAAAGUCAUGGGUAGCGCUAGACCAUCGCCCCGUGCAGCCAAGCCUGUGAGCAGGCUUGGGGCAGCUCCAUGUGCAGCCAAGUCUAGGAGAGCCCCUCGUGCAGCCAAGCAGGUGAGCAGCUCCAGAGCACUCACUUGUGCAGCCAAAUCUACAGGUGGAAUGACUGCUCCAAAUGAGCCUUCAAAAGCAGAGGUAGUAAAGAGCUGUGGGAAAUUGAGCAAAACAGGACAACAAUGUGAAAGUGAAAAAACGAUGAAAUCGCCAUGUAUUGCAAGCAGACCGAAUGGAUCCAAUUCUAUUGAAAGUAGAUCUCUGACAAUAUGGAAACCUUUUACACGAUCUGCUCAAAGAUUGCAUCCAACUUUGGUGUCUCCUACAAGAAAUAUAAAGGUCAAUAAAGAUGAAGUACAAAACAUAAGCAAAUUGGCAGCAUCAGUAAUGAGCACAGCUAAGCAGAGAGAUGAUCAAAGUUCCAUCACCAAGACAUUGAAAGGAAAAGAUGAAAGAAGGAAACAACUUGAAGAGUGGUUAGCUUCUAAAGGGAAGACCUACAAACGCCCUCCCAUGCCAACCCCUUUGAAGAAAGUUUUAAAAUCUGUAAAGAAGAAUUUGGAGUGCUCUUUCUUGGAAGCACUGGAAGAAGAACAGAAGAGCCUGGCAGAUCGGGUGCACCACAUGUUGAAUGACUGCAUGAAGCUGCUAGAGAGGGGUUCCUCGCCUGAACAAGUGUCUGAAGCGUUGCGGAAUGUUCCUGACGGUGAGAAGUUUGCCAAGUACUGGAUAUGCCAAGCACAUCUGCUAGAAUUAACUGGUACGAUGGAGGCCAUCAUUGCUCUGUUUGAGCAGGCUGUUCACAGUGGUGCAGAGCCAGUUGAAGAGCUGCGGUCUGCACUUGUGGAAACCAUCAUGAGGAAUGUAAACUCUCACACAUCCUGUACAGAAAAGGAAGAUGUUAAAACUGAAGGUUUUGAAGAAUCAGCUGUUGCCACGCCUCGUACAACAGUAGUGGAGUCUCUGUUCAGCAAAAUAGAUGGGCGUGGUUCAUCCAUGAUCAAAUACAGAGUGACCGCAACACCCCAAGUGCUCAGAACAAAUCAGCUUCAAAGCAAAAUCCAAUCCUAUGGGAAGCAAGAUCUGAAGUUCCUCACCCCAGUCCGGCGCUCGGUUCGCAUUGAGCAUGUUUCUGCUUGGCACCCUGAGAUGUUGAGAGAGCAUGACUGCUGUGUGGCCUCCCUGAAUGAACUUUUAGAUGAGGAUGAGGCUGAAACAUUUGUUUACAGAGAAAACAAGGCUCUGCUGGAAUAACAGAAAUUACACUGAUAUCCUUUAAAUGCAUUUUACAUACUAUCCACAUUAACUAUCAGCUUAUUUGUAUUGUUUUAAGAAUGUAUAUAAUAAACUUGUUGUGUAUUUGGUGCUUGGAA